AUGGGAACGUCCAACUUAGUUAUAGUAUUUCUAAUAGCUAUAUCGCACGUUACNUGUUUUAGCGUUGUAACAACUAACAAUACUGGAUUUAUUCAGUAUGCGUUAUGUACCACUGAUAAAUGUAUUAAUACGGCUUCAGAGAUUUUAGCCAAUCUAAAUCGUACAGUUGACCCUUGUGAUAAUUUUUACACUUUUGCUUGUGGCGGAUGGUUGCAAAAUAACCAACCGAAUGAUUCGUUUCCAUAUAUUACCAUAUUAGAUUCGAUCACAAGAAAAGUGACAGAUCAAGUUCGAGAGUUCAUAGCAGAACCCGCUAAAGAAAGUGAUAUUAAAACUUUAUUAAAAGUAAAACAAAUUUAUGCGCAAUGCAUGGAUAACGGUACGUAUUACGACGAUGUAGAAAAGGGCUUUGAUGCGGACGAACAGAAUAACUUAUUUAGGGGCGUUGUAAAUAGGUAUCUCAAAUGGCCAUUGAUUAUGUCUCGUCGCGAAUGGGACGAUAGAAAUUUGACAUGGCAAAAUGUGAGCGAUAGUUUGCAUGAAACAGGAUUUGAUAAUGGCCUUUACGAUAUAGUAGUUCAAAGACAAACGGAGUCAUCAAAUAGUAACAUUAUCUUUAUAACUGAGCCUAUUACUUUGUUCCCAUGGAAUAUUGCGCCUAAUGUUAAGGAAAGAUAUGUAUCCUUUAUCGUCACAACUGCAAAAGCAAUUAUAGAAAACAACGGUGGAACCGUCGAGAUCGAUAUUCUUACUCAAGAUGUACGUGAUAUCGUAGACUUUGAGAAAGAAAUGUUUAACGUGAGAACAGACUUUAAAGACAACUAUAUUAGUUCUAAUGUUUCUAUACCGUUAACAAUUCAACACUUUCAAGAACAGUAUGAUAAACAGCAUCCCGAAAACCAAGAAAAGAUAGAUUGGUAUUCAACCAUUAAAAAAGUGUUUGCGUCAGAAGGAAUUGCGAUCGAACCGUCUGAGAAGAUCAUCGUUAAUAAGAUCACAUAUUUUGCUAAAUUG